ACGUUCUAGGACUUGGGAGAGAAAGGGAUCAUCAGGCAGAGGGAAGUUUGACUUUUACUGGAUGUGAAGGAUGUGGCUGGGAUUAAUAUAGAUUUAUAUUGCUGUCUCCAUAAGGAUUUCCGCAUCUCUGUCCAGCUAGUGGUGGAAGCAACAUUCUGAGUGAAUAGUAAAGACAGAAAACUGUGGACCGUUGUGUUUCAUAUAAAAUGAUCCCAUUCUUCGCUCUGCAGAGUGAAAGGGCUGCUGCUCGGUCCUUCCUCUGGGUCUGUGUGAUCUUCAGUGGGAGUCUUCUCAUUGAUGCUACCCCACACCUCACGUAUCACCGGCCUGGCCAGAAGGGCAAGAACUGGUGUGCCUACAUAGUGAACAAGAAUGUGAGCUGUACAGUAAUGGAUGGAACUGAAAGUUUUAUUCAGCCUCAAUACAGAUGUGCCUGGAACCAGAUGCACUGUCAGCCAACAAUGGUUUACAAAGCUAGUUUUAGACCGAGGUAUACAACGUCAUAUAAAGUCGUCACUGAGAUGGAAUGGAGAUGCUGUCCUGGUUACAAAGGUGUAGAUUGCAAAGAAGGCCCCAAUGAAAAAGUGAAGCAAAUUUCGUUCCAGACUCCCCCUCCCAAUGAUGUACAGAAAGAGCUAGAUAGAUCUGGACUACAGCAAAAAACAGAGGAUCCAAAAAAAGAAUUACAAGAACUGAAAGAAGCCCAAGGAGGAAAAAUUCAGUAUCUCGAAAAUGAAAUACUUCAACUUACCAAGACAGUGAUUGAUUUACAAUCGUCUUUAGCAGGGGUAAAUGAUAAUUUAAAGAUCACUAUUCAAGAAGAUGUAAGUAAGAUCCUAGAACAGAUGUUAAACAACCUACCACGCACGGAUAGUGCUCGUGGUGGUAACACUGAUAUUUUGUAUUUACCUGGGAUUUCUGGUAGUGCUGAAAGAGAUGAUGGCGUGAAAGAUAUUAUUUCGGAAUUAGCAGAUCUUAAAGAAGCUUUGAAAAACAAAAGUGAUCAGAUACAGGAACUAAAUGAAAAAAUAAAUUCGUAUGAAGAACGAUUACAGGAAUUCGAAGAGACAUCACGUCAACCUGCAGUGACUGCGUCUAGUGUAAAUGUACAUCAGACAUACGUAGAUGAGAAAUUUGAAGCAUUUAGAGAUGAAAUGCUUGAUGGCAUUGACAGGAAAAUGGCAGACCUGAAAAACUCUUGCGACUAUAAAUUGCUCAACGUUCAACAACAAUGUGAAGAGAAUGAUAAUACUUGCUCGGGAGUUGCAGAGCUUCUUAAAGAGAAAGAAGAGAAUUUAAUGAAAGAAAUAAAUCAACUACGAGCAGAAAUAAAACAGUCAGGAAGUUCAGGUUGCAAAAAAGAAGACUUUGAUUCUAAAAUAAACAAUUUGGAUCUAAAAAUUGAAAGGAUUGGCGAUGCUAACAAAGCUUUAAAUGCCAGGUUUGAUAAUGAAAUAAAUCAUAUUAUUGGUUAUGGACCAGACAAUACCUUUGAAGAAAGGCUAAAUGAGUUAGAUUUUAAAAUUAAUGUAACGGAAAAAAAUGCAGAAGAACAUUGCUUUUAUAUUGAAGAAACACUGAGAAAUUUGAUUACCUCUAAUUCAGAUGGCGUUAAAAAUCUACUUGGAACAAAACUGCAGUCACUAGAAGAUAGACUUGAAAGAGCAGUUUUGGAUAUUUCUAAUAUCUCUUCUGAUGGAACAUAUUUUAGCAUAGGGCCAGCUGUUCAUAAUGAUCCAGAUACCUUUAAUGAAAAUCUUAUAAAUGAAAUAAAUGGGCUUAAGCACACAGUUCAAAUAAUUGAAGAUGAUUUGCAGUCAAUGGCACACGAUAAGGAAGAAAAUCAGAGAAACAAUGAAAUAUACAGAAAUAAAUACCAAGUUUUGUUUGAUAAAUUAAAUGACAAUUAUCUACUAUUAAAGUCUUUAAAUAAUAGUAUGAAUCAAAACUUUGGCUUAAUUCAAAAGAACAAGUUUGAUAUCACCACAGUACAAGGAGAUCUAGGAAUGCUUCAAUUCAAAUUACGGAAUACGGAUACCGAUGUGAAGUCAUUAAACAAUGAGAUGAAACUUCUUAAAGAUCAGUUAUUGCACGUGAAUUCUUCUGUCACAAAUGCACAAAAAGGACUUUAUUCAAGGAUCAAUGAAGUCCAUACUUUAUUUAACAAUACCUCAUACUCUUCAAAUGAAAACUGUUGUAAUAGUCUUCAGGGCAAAUUUGAGCUACUAAGUAGUCAAGUCAGUGAAAAAGGAAAAUGUUCUGAAAAUACUCAGGGAAUCCGAAAGGAGAUUUCAAAUGUUGAUGCUAGAGUUUCAAAACUGGAGAAUGUUUGUGGGAAACUGGACACUGUCUCUGGCAGUUUGCAGAGGAUAAAAGAAGGGCUUAACAAGCAUGUUACCAGUUUGUGGAACUGUAUACAUACCAUAAAUGGGACAGUCAGGACACAUUCCAGAGACAUUUUUAGCCUCAGGAAUUCAGUUGAGGUGUUUAAUAAUCAAAUCACAGAAAUUACUUCGGGCCUGCACGGUCUUCUAAACGCUCAGCCUGGAGCAGGAAAGGAAACAGAUCAGACCUACCAAACAAGAAUUAUACCUCAGCCUCCACCAAGAAUACCAGAAAAGCCUUCACAGGUACCACAACAACCAAUUUAUCCACAACCACCUCAAGACCCAACUUAUGUUAAGCCACAACCAGAACCACCACAACCACAGCCACCUUAUGUUAAUGUGAAAAUUCUCCCGGGCACCAAUGGUUUCAUAAUUGAGUCUGGUCAGGCUGGUCCCCCAGGAAAGAUUCUUAAAUCUGAAUCAGGACGUCCUCAAGGUGUUGAUGGACAACAAGAUAUGCCUAUGUCAACUGGAGUUGCUGGAGCUCCUGGAUACCCCAAACCAACUGCAGAAUCAAAAGAGCAUCCAAAAAUUACAAUCUUUUCAGAAUCACUAGGAGCCACUGCUACAACAUCUUUAGUGUCAUUUUCUGCUGGACUGACUCAACUGCCAGAUCAUUUUGAUGUUGGAAUUAUCCAUUUUAACAAGGUUUUGGUUAACGAUGGGGACCACUAUAAUCCAUUAACAGGUGUCUUCACAGCUCCUAUAGAGGGACGUUACCUGAUCACUGCAGUCCUUACACCAGAGCAGGAACAUCAUAUAGAAGCGGUUUUAUCGGUGUCUAAUGUCAGUGUUGCUCAGAUGGACACAUCUGGCUAUAGAAGAGAAUUGUUGGAAUACCACAAGCCAAACUCAAAGAGACUCACUUGUGGUGGAGUUGGGACAUUCAACCUCAUUUUGCAUCUGAAAGAAGGAGAUGAAGUCAGCAUUGUACUAACAGCUGGUUCCAUUGCCUACUCAGGAGAAGAUGAAAUGCACUCCACAUUUACUGGGGUCUUUUUAUACCCUUAUUCCUAUUACAGAUAACCGACUCCUAACCAACAGGACAUUAGAAAAAGACAUUAAACAUAAUUCACUUUUGAAGCUUUAAUAUAUACUAUUGACAAAUCUGUACUUUGUGUGAGUGAAUGUUUUAUAUGUAUUAUGCUCCGUAAAGUUCUCUUUAUACAAACCAACCUUUCGCUCUAUUUUAACAAUCAUUAUUUUUUUCUAUUUUGUAAAAAAAAAAAAAAAGUGCACAGUGUUUUUAAAUGCAUUAAGAAAAAUAUUUUUUUACCACUUAAUAUUUUAAUCUUUUUAUUUGCAAGAGUUGACAAUUUAAUGUUUAUUAAUGUAUUUUUUUAAAUGGAUUUUUGCCUAUUAAAUGAGGGUAUCCUAUUGGUGCAGAUAAAUUGCUACAUACAUUUUGCAGCCAUGUAUUAUAAAGUGCUAAGUGCUGGUGUUUGAAGGUUACAUGUAAUAAACGUAUUUGAAUGCA